UAGACGUGGUAGCGUUCACGUCGUCGGAAUUUAAGGAUUCCGGCAACGUAUCACUUUCAGAAAUCCACCAAUCUCUUUUGUAUGGAUUUGAGCUCUACGUGUGUUCGUGGUGGUGGUGUAGAAGAACAACCUCAAACUGGGACAAAUUCACAAAUCGCUUACUAGGAACUAAUGGGCUUCUUCUCCUAAUUCCUCUGGCCAUUCUAGUUUUUUUAAUUGCAGGGGUAAGCCCUCCCUGUGACCAUCAUCAUCGGAUUAACCGGUGCAUUAGUACUCUCAUUUACUUCCUUACCGGAGAACUGGCCCUACUCAUUCACUGACUAUUUAUUCCCUCAUGGAGUUGGAUUGGGAUCUAAUUUCUUAAUAAUUGCGCUUCUCGUGAUUUCUCUCGCCAUUGUAGUUUGUUUUACUGCAGCAGUAAACAUCCUUGUGGGGAUCACUGUGGGACUCGCCGGUGCUUUGAUACUCUCAUUUAUUUUGAUGAGAAACUUUUCCUACUCAUUUGGAGUUGGUGUCGCACCUAAAUUCAUAUUCACUGGCGUCAUCUCAAGCAUGGUUAUUUGUGCACCAAGGAUCAUCAUUUGCCCUUUGGCAGCGUGGUUUUUGAUCUACAAAUUCCGAAGAAGGCGUUUUUCCACAUUUGACGCAAUAGAAUGUUAUCUACAAGGCGACAACAAACUCGCGCCAAUUAGGUACUCCUAUUCAGAUCUAAAAAAGAUGACUAAAGGUUUUCAAGAAAAACUAGGCCAAGGAGGCUACGGUUCUGUUUUCAAAGGAAAACUUCGAAGCGGGCAUGAUGUAGCAAUCAAAUUGCUCGGAAAAUCCAGCGGAAACGGACAAGACUUUAUGAAUGAAAUAGCAACUAUUGGAAGGAUACAUCAUGUCAAUGUGGUGGAACUAGUUGGAUACUGUGCACAAGGCUCCAAACGUGCCCUUGUCUAUGAUUUCAUGCCAAAUGGUUCCCUUGAAAAGUAUUUAUUCAAUCGAGAUAAAAUUACUUCCUUAAAUUGGAAUACAAAGUUUGAUAUUGCAGUCGGAGCGGCUCGAGGGAUUGAGUAUUUGCACCGAGGGUGUGAUGUUCAAAUCCUCCAUUUUGACAUCAAGCCUCAUAAUAUACUUCUUGAUAACAAUUUUGUUCCCAAAAUAUCUGAUUUUGGGCUGGCAAAAUUUUUCUCUACAGACAAGAAUGCAGUGACCAUGACUGCUUGUAGAGGAACCAUAGGGUAUGUUGCUCCUGAAUUAAUCAGCAGAAGUAUUGGGGCAGUGUCUUACAAAGCUGAUGUUUAUAGUUACGGAAUGUUGCUGGUGGAAAUGUUGAGCUUAAAGAGAGACUUGAUAGGAAACACUGAUGAUCCCAACCAGUAUUUUCCAAAUUGGAUAUACGGCUGCUUUAAUCAAGGCAAGGAUAUUGAAAUGCUGAAAGCUAUUGAAGAUGUUGGCGACGAUGAUAGUAUGAGGAAAAUUGCUCGAAAAAUGACAAUAGUUGCGUUGUGGUGCAUACAGAUGAACCCAGAUGAUCGUCCAUCAAUGAAUAGGGUAUUAGAAAUGUUGGAAGGUGAUGUUGAGCGCCUACAAAUUCCCAAUUAUCCGUCCCAAUCAAACCAUAUCGUAGUAAAUAUCGAUCAAACUGAGAUUACAUAUUCCAGUUGGUCUUUACCUAGGCUACAUGAUGAUGUAACCUCCUCUGCUUAGAUUACUGUUGAUUGUUGAAGAGUGAGAGUGUAAAACAACAGUCAUGGGCUUAUAAAAGCUUGAAUAUGUCCAUACUAUUUAUGUGUAGAUUUAUAGACCCGGCCUCACUUGGUUCAGUUAAUAAUAGAUUUUUUUAUGAAACUUGCAGAAA